UCCUAUCAGCUGAUAUCGUCUGCUGGAAUGACGAGUCGUAGUUAUUAAUAGUUACACAGUACUUUUAAACAUCUUAAAAAUACGCCUUUAGUGUAUGACUACCCUUAUAAACUAGUAAAUUUACAAUAAUCCGGAGUUGUUAUUUUAAUAACGCAAUGAUUGUUUUAAACUUAGUAUUGGUGAAAAUACUUGUUAAACACGAGUUCGAUCGUUCGCGUCAUUGACAGGUGGGAUAAGAAUAUGGGGAAAUAGAUAGUAUUAUUUGUGUGGACGAUUUUUUAAGCGAUUAAAUAGUAAAAGAAUCUGCCAAAUAACUAGCAGAUUCAGUUGUAAUGAGCGACUCCGAACAACGGCAAUUACACGUGCCGUAUCGAGAAUAUCAUAGCCAGAAUAAUACUAAUACUUCUACCUUGGUAGAAACUGAUGCACUAGUAGAUCUUUCAAUUACACCCAAUAGUUGUUUACCGGCGAAUGAGUGUUCAGAACUAAUACCAGACAUUGAAUUUGUUCCCAAUCUGAGCAACGAACAAACCAUAGCCAUUGAUUCCCCUGGAAUUGACCGGGAGAGCCAGCCUCUCCUUGGUCGGUUAGAGCUUGAUGUCACUUUCAAUCGUUUUCCUGAUGACCCACAGUUUUCUGAAUUAAUAUGGCAAGCUGAAUUGGCAAUAGAUAAUGGAAUCUUUCCAGAAAGAAUAUAUCAAGGUUCUAGUGGCAGUUACUUUGUAAAAAAUCACACAAGGAAAAUAAUAGGUGUUUUUAAGCCAAAAGAUGAAGAACCUUAUGGGAGAUUAAAUCCAAAAUGGACAAAGUGGAUGCACAAGCUUUGUUGUCCUUGUUGUUUUGGAAGAAGUUGUUUAAUUCCAAAUCAGGGAUAUCUCAGCGAGGCAGGUGCAAGUUUAGUUGACCGUAAAUUAGGUCUGGGUAUAGUUCCAAACACAAGAGUAGUUAAACUUGUCAGUAAAACAUUUAACUACCCACGAUUAGACCGUCAAAAAGCUCGUAUGAAGCAAGCUAUUAUGGACCAGUUUCCAACAGUAGGCUCACAUUUCAAUCGUAUUGGUUUACCACCAAAAGUUGGUUCUUUUCAAGUUUUUGUAGAUGGUUACAAAGAUGCUGAUUACUGGUUGAGGCGGUGGGAAAAUGAGUCCCUGUCACCUCAUCUUAGUAGAGAAUUUCAACUUCAAUUUGAACGCUUAGUUAUUUUGGACUACAUAAUAAGAAAUACUGACAGAGGUAAUGAUAAUUGGUUAAUUAAAUAUGAUAACAAUAAGGGAAAAAACGGAACGGAACAGGGUGAAGUAAAAAUAGCUGCUAUAGAUAAUGGUUUAGCCUUUCCUUUUAAACAUCCUGAUUCUUGGCGUGCUUAUCCUUAUCAUUGGGCUUGGUUAAGCCAAGCAAAACAACCAUUUAGUGAUGUAACACGAGAACUUGUAUUACCGCAACUCUCGGAUCAAAAUUUUGUACAAGAUCUUUGUGAUGAUUUAUACCAAUUAUUUAAACAAGACAAAGGUUUCGAUCGACAUCAUUUUGAUAAACAAAUGAGCGUAAUGCGUGGUCAGAUCUUGAACUUGCAACAAGCUUUAAAGGAUGCUAAGAGCCCCGUGCAAUUGGUUCAAAUGCCUGCUGUGAUUGUUGAGAAAUAUGUACAACCACAACGAACAAAGUCAUUCGCUCCUGUGAAAACGUUUAAUCCACCUUCAAAAUUGUUCGAAACUAAUACCACAUAUCACUUAUCGUAUUUAAACGUGGAUCGUGCAGAAAUACGGCGCAGUCGAUCUCAACCUAUCCGACCCAUACCUGCUCUUAUCAAAUCUGAUGCUCGAUUUUCCGGUGAGACGACUAAUCAAUUGAGUUACAAACUUAUGGGAAAUAUUCCUAAAACAAAACCUAUUAUACCAAAACAAAGAUCAAUGAUGGGAUCUGGUCAAAUGGAUUCUGUUACCACGGUUCGUCAUGAUUAUCCACGCAAAUACAUAGAAAAACCAGAAAUUAUAAUACCUUGUGGGAAUAUUCGUUUAAGUACCGGUAAACUCGAUGCCAGUACUACAGCAAAACUUUCUUACACAGAUCCUGGUUUUACGAAACCGACAAUUAAUUUUAAACCGAUAACAGUUUAUUAUCCACCCAGUGAACCAAUUUUUCACGAUACUACACACAAAUUAAGUUACCAGCCUGUCUGUAUGGAAAAAAGAGAAACGUGCUCGUGGCAGCAGAAACAAAGUUACAAGCCUCCAGAUAUUGCGAUGUGCGGAAAAACAACAUAUUCCGAAAGUUUCUUGAAAAACGAAAAACUACGCACGGAAAAACCUGUACGACCGGUUCUUGCCAAUGUGUUCCCUUGCGGUGGUGAAUUCCACGGAAAUACUAUUUACAAAGAAAGUUACUUACAAUCAAUCGACGUAGAACGCGUUGAACCAUUUAUCCCUUGCAAUGCUAUCUCAAAACCAGAUGGCAAAAUAUCGGCAGACACAACGAGCAAAUUAAGUUACCAACCGGUCCAGAGCGAGAAACGUUCCCCGAUAUUACCUCGAAGCAGAACCAUGAUAGGCGAUGGUCCGAUGCAAUCUGCAACUACUAAUCGUUGCGAUUUCGUGCAGAAAGUAACGCUACGACCCGAUAUCGUUAUUCCGUGCAAUAAUCUUCAAAGCUCUAAUACACCUAUCGACGAUAGAACUACGACGAAACUAUCUUACACGAAACCAGGCCCAGUAGAAUGGGUUCAAAGUUUUAAACCUGUCGCGCAUUAUUGCAGAUUAUCGGAGAAAAUUGAGUACGAUACAGUAAACAAGUUAUCUUAUCAACCUUGGACUCCAAUUCCUAAGGAACAUAUACCUUGGGCAUCUAAAGGCAAAUAUCAACCACCUACUAAUCCUAUGUGUGCUGAUACUAUUUACCAAGUUAGUUUUCCUGCACCUGGACAUUACGAAGAUACUUGUGUGGAUACAAAUUGUAAUUGCUUGCACGCCAACCAUGACAAUCCUUCGACACAGAUAGGGACCGUGAAUGAUGAAAAUAAUUACAAUCUUUUGAAACAAGAAAUUUUUGUAUAACUUCCUAAUUUUUCCACAAACAAAUGUUAUUUCUAUGCUGUAUUAUAACAAACAUUUGUAGGAUAGAUAUUUAAAUAACAAAAUGUAAACGAG